UCGAACUUGGGUCGCUAGUGAGAUUACACGAUCAAGUACACAUGACCUUUCUAAUCGCAAGGUCUUCUGCAUUCUCUCAAAGAAUUUUUAGUAGUCUUAAUCUGUCGAGAUCUCGUUAUUACAGUUCGAUGGAUCUCAAAGACGUCGUGAAAAAGCUGCACGAGUUUGCGCCCCUGCAGCUAGCUGAAGACUGGGACAAUGUUGGCUUACUCGUCGAACCAUCGCCACCUCAUUUUGUAAAAUCGCUACUUCUAACUAACGAUCUGACUGAAAAAGUGGUACAAGAAGCUAUUGAAGAAGAUGUAAAUAUGGUUAUAUCGUAUCACCCGCCGAUAUUUAAGCCACUCAAACGUCUCACUUCAAAAUCGUUCAAGGAAAGAAUCAUAGUGAAAAUGAUAGAGAAUAAAAUAGCCGUUUACUCUCCGCACACAGCUUUUGAUGCGAUUAAAAAUGGCGUCAACGACUGGCUCGCCUCAGGUCUCGGAAGUGCAGAGGUGGAACCCCUUCAAUGUUCUAAAGGAUCUGGUUCUUGUCGGUACAAAGUAGUGACAGGUAUUUACAAAGUAUUGACCAAUCAGGUAGCAGAUAGUACAUCUAAGCUUCAAGACAGCCUCAAAAGACUCAAUGGAGUGGACAGGACUGAGGUUGAAGCUGCAACAAAACCAGAUGGUUCUGCAAAAGAUAUAAUUUCAGUACACUGCACUGAGACUGGCCUGGUCAAUAUCUUUCAGUUGUUGACAUCUCAGUUUCCUGAAACUGUUAGUAAAACAGAAGUGAUUCCUUUAGCUCAGAUUCCACUUUUGGGAACUGGCCAAGGAAGGCUCUGCACCCUACAGACACCAGUUACUCUGUCAGAAUUGAUAAACCGCAUCAAAAACCACCUUAAUUUGAAACAUGUUCGUCUUGCUGUGGCACAUGCAAGUAUUUCUGAACUAACUGAUCCUCUUCACAGCCAUGUUCAGACUAUUGCAAUCUGUGCCGGGUCAGGAGCUGGUUUACUGCAAGGAACAAAAGCUGAUGUAUAUUUGACAGGAGAAAUGUCACAUCAUGAAGUUCUUGAAGCAGUGUCGAAUGGAGUACAUGUGGUCUUAUGUGAACACAGAAACACAGAACGUGGUUUCUUAUUGGAAUUUAAGACAAAAUUGAAUGGUUUGCUAGAAGGGAAGGUUAAUAUUUUGGUUUCUUCACAUGAUGCAGAUCCACUUCAAGUGGUAUAGGAAACCAUCCUUUUGAAAUUCAUCAAAGCCCAUCAACUCCCAAGAGUGAUCAAAUGAGAAUAUCUCCUCACUAUACCAAGAAGACAAGUGAUAAAAAGAAAGAGAAAUAUCAAUCAGGGGAUUAUUAGUUGAUCAAAUACCAAAUUCUCUGAACUAACAUCCUAAAAACUGUAUGGCAUCAGUGACGUGAAUAACCAGUUAGAUCUUGGGAGGGAGAGGAUUAAGACCACAAAUGGUUGGAAUUGCCAACUAGACAUGAUUAGGAACUUUUGAUUUUAAGGUAGACAUCUGGAUUUAUAACAUAACCAAAGUAAAGCGCACGCUCUGAUUGGUCAAUU